GUGGAAUUGCUAAAAAAUAAACCUGAAAUAAAUUUGACUUCAGUGAAUGAAUAAGACCAUGAGAACAUAACAUAAGAAAAAGAAGAAAAAUACAAAUCCGUGAUCUCCAUUUUCUUCUGUAACUCCCAACAACCAAUCUAACCUGUAAAAAAACCCUAGAACCCCACUUUCCCCCAAAUUCAAUCACUCACAAACAACAAUUCUGAAAAAAAAUUUCCCAUCUUUCUGAUCUGGGUUUUCAAUUUCAAAUCCUUGAUUUCAAUUUUUUCAUUAUUUAUAUAUUAUUAUUAUUAUUACUUCGAUGUUCGUCGUUAUCAUCAAUCUCCCAAAUCACAGCAACAAAGAACAAAAAGCUAAGAUCUUCAACGACCCAUUAACGCAAAUAGUUUCAAAAUCCAUACUUUAACAAUACCCAGUUCUCAAAAUCCUUGCUUUCAUAAUAGUGAAAGCAGUUAUGGGAGCUGAGAAGAAAUGGCUUUUCACGUUAUUUACUACAGCGGUUUUAUCCUUAAUGAUUUUGUUAAUGUCUUCUUUUUCUACCUUCAGUUCUCAAAAGCCUUUUCCUUCUCUUGUUCAACAUGGUUCUCAUUAUCCUCCUGCUUUUGCAUACUUUAUCUCUGGUGGACAUGGUGAUAAAGACCGGAUCUUUCGUUUGAUGUUGGCAGUUUAUCAUCCGAGGAAUCGUUACUUGCUUCAUCUUGGUAUGGAUGCUAGGAAUGAAGAGAGACAGGGUUUGGCUGAUGCUGUUAAUUCUGUUCCCGCGAUUCGGGCUUUUGGGAAUGUUGAUGUGGUUGGUAAAGCUGAUUGGAUCACUUAUUUGGGUUCUUCAAAUGUUGCUAUUACAUUGCGUGCUGCUGCUAUUAUGCUUAAAUUGGAUAGUGGAUGGAAUUGGUUUAUCACUUUGAGUGCACGUGAUUAUCCUCUUAUUACACAGGAUGAUCUAUCCCAUGUUUUCUCUUCCAUAAAUAGAGACCUCAAUUUCAUUGAUCACACCAGUGACCUUGGAUGGAAAGAGACUGACAGAUUUCAGCCUAUUGUAGUCGACCCAGGAACAUAUUUAGCAAGGAGAAGUCAAAUUUUUCAAGCCACAGAGAAGAGGAAAACACCCGAUGCAUUCAAACUCUUCACUGGUUCACCAUGGGUCACCUUGAGCCGACCUUUUCUGGAGUUCUGCAUUUUUGGGUGGGAUAAUUUACCACGAACGCUACUGAUGUAUUUUACAAAUGUUAAGUUAUCUCAAGAAGGCUACUUUCACUCAGUCAUUUGCAACGCGCCAGAAUUCAAGAACACAACAGUAAAUGGCGACUUACGAUACAUGAUAUGGGACAAUCCUCCAAAGAUGGAACCUCUCUUCCUUAACACUUCAGUUUAUGAUAUGAUGGCAGAAAGUGGAGCAGCUUUUGCAAGACAGUUCGAAGCCAAUAACCUCGUGCUGGAUAUGAUAGACGGAAAAAUUCUCAAACGCAGUGGCAAUCGAGCCGCACCAGGAGCAUGGUGCACCGGACGGAGGAGUUGGUGGGUGGAUCCUUGCUCACAGUGGGGUGAUGUCAAUAUUCUGAAGCCAGGUCCUCAGGCUAAGAAGCUUGAGGCGUCUAUUUCUAGUCUUCUUGAUGACUGGGCGGCACAGACAAAUCAGUGCCAGUGAUCAUAUUAUAGACACUAAGAAUAGAAACCAUUGUAGGAAGCUGUGCAGUUUAUCUAUUGCACUGACCAGUAGAAGUUGGCAUUUAUUUGAAGAACAGAGAAACACAUUCUUUGGUCACCAAAGUGUAAUAUCAAUCUUGAAAGGAGGGAUACUGUGCAUAAGAAACAAGAGUUGAGAGUUGGAAAUGGGAAGGGAAAUGGAUUUUGGUGCGCCUUGGUGGGAUGGCUGUAUUGUUUUGGAGGCUUGAUAUUAUGGUGGAUCCUCCAAUGAUGCCUUGAAUCAGUGGGAGGAUAUUCCUCUUGCUUUUCAUUUUCAUAAAUGUUGUAUGUUCUAUAUGUCUUCUCAUUGACGAUUCGAGCAGGAUAGCUAGCUCAUUCUUUUUGGAUUAUGAAUAUGAUUGUCAUUUUCCAUUCUCA